GCCACUGUUGGCAGCAGCAGUCAUGAAGCUGAGACCAUAGUUUCUGAUUUUGUUGUUUGUCUACGAGCAGGCUGUUCUGUUUCGGCUGUAAGAUAAUGGCUUCUGGAUUUUGUGUGAGGGUGCUCUUGCUCUCACUGUUUGGAUUUGUGCAGCAUGCAAACGCACUGAGCUUCAGAAGUGGAGGCUACAGUGGCACACAGCACUACCAACUGGCUGAAGAUUUUCCAUGGAGCCAUAAACCUGCUUUUGCUCCUCCCAGUUAUGAGACUGCUACACAGCCCAGAGGUCAUUGGGGACACAGUUACCCUGACAGGGCUGCAGCCAGUGCAGGACGUUUUAGUGGUUCUGAUGGGAGGGAAGUAGUUAGUUACAGUCCAGAGGGAAGUGUUUCUACUUACGGGUCGGGCUCAUUGAUCGAACAGAAACCAAGAGAGAAGCCACAACAUCAACCUAACUCAAAUGGAAAUGCAUAUGAGUCGGCUGUAGUUUCAAGUUAUGGAAUACAGAUGCAGGCCGAGCCCCAGCAGCCGGCGUACCCGUCCAAGCCCCAGCAGCCGGCGUACCCGUCCAAGCCCCAGCAGCCGGCGUACCCGUCCAAGCCCCAGCAGCCGGCGUACCCGUCCAAGCCCCAGCAGCCGGCGUACCCGUCCAAGCCCCAGCAGCCGGCGUACCCGUCCAAGCCCCAGCAGCCGGCGUACCCGUCCAAGCCCCAGCAGCCGGCGUACCCGUCCAAGCCCCAGCAGCCGGCGUACCCGUCCAAGCCCCAGCAGCCGGCGUACCCGUCCAAGCCCCAGCAGCCGGCGUACCCGUCCAAGCCCCAGCAGCCGGCGUACCCGUCCAAGCCCCAGCAGCCGGCGUACCCGUCCAAGCCCCAGCAGCCGGCGUACCCGUCCAAGCCCCAGCAGCCGGCGUACCCGUCCAAGCCCCAGCAGCCGGCGUACCCGUCCAAGCCCCAGCAGCCGGCGUACCCGUCCAAGCCCCAGCAGCCGGCGUACCCGUCCAAGCCCCAGCAGCCGGCGUACCCGUCCAAGCCCCAGCAGCCGGCGUACCCGUCCAAGCCCCAGCAGCCGGCGUACCCGUCCAAGCCCCAGCAGCCGGCGUACCCGUCCAAGCCCCAGCAGCCGGCGUACCCGUCCAAGCCCCAGCAGCCGGCGUACCCGUCCAAGCCCCAGCAGCCGGCGUACCCGUCCAAGCCCCAGCAGCCGGCGUACCCGUCCAAGCCCCAGCAGCCGGCGUACCCGUCCAAGCCCCAGCAGCCGGCGUACCCGUCCAAGCCCCAGCCAAGCGUUCUCCAAAGCAAAGCUGGUAUGUGGGAUAUUCCACUUCCCCAGGAUGAUAUUGCGCCAAGCAGCUCUCGACCAAUGGCAUCAGUGUACAACCGCGGCCAGCAGCAGCCGGCGUACCCGGCCAAGCCCCACCAGCAGCAGCCGGCGUACCCGGCCAAGCCCCACCAGCAGCAGCCGGCGUACCCGGCCAAGCCCCAGCCAAGCGUUCUCCAAAGCAAAGCUGGUAUGUGGGAUAUUCCACUUCCCCAGGGGGGUGUUGCUCCAAGAAAUCCUAGACCAAUUCCAAUGGCAUCACUGCAGCACCCCAGAUGGCAAAGACCACUGGUUCCUGUGUACAACAGACUUUACCAUCCUUAGGUUCCUGACUUUCUUUCUGAAGGCAGUCGGUCCUGGCAUCAACUCACAACACUCAAUAAAGUACCUUGAACGGCA